UUCCCGCUACAUGUUGCCAUAUAGUCGUCAGUAUAAUAUCUGGCCGCGCCAGACGAGAGCAGCCUAGCAGGAAGCAGACUGUGGUGUUGCGUGGCUCAGUGAACACGUCAGCUUGGACUGGAGAAGCCGGCGUAGGUGGAAAUACGACUACGGUACAUGGGCUUAUCCGCAGAACAUCAGGGAGACAACUGAACUGAAGUAACGUGAAAACGAGAGAAGAGCUGUAAGAAUAAAAAAAAAAAAAAAGCUGCCAGAGGAAAGAAAAAUCAGGUGAUAUUAUAUAGAAAUGAAUUCAUUUGGAUAACUCGAGCUUGGAUAAGAACAAGGCAAUAAGAGCCAGAGAAAAGAGGACAAGGAACCGCUGAGUCAAGACAAAAUACUCAGGAUUAAACAAGGAAGAGAACAAGGCAAUAGGCGAGACAAGAGGACAAGGAACCGCGGAGUCAAGGGAAGAGAAAAUAAGCAUAUACAGAAUGGGGGAAGAAGCAAAAUGGGUGAGAAAAGCGUUGAGAAUUGAGGUUUCAAUGGAUAGCUUGAGUGAGUCUGAAAUGUUGCUGGUGGUGUACAGACUGAGCUUUUCUGCCCGACGCCCCGUGCAGACCCAGGAGGUGGAGCAGGCUCUGCGUCACCUCUACAGGAAGACUCCUAAUCUCCGGGUGUGCCUGACUGACAAGGAUGGGGAAAAGUGGUUCAAAGAAGUAGAUGAGAAGAUGAUAGACUUUGAGGUGUCAGCAGUGGGUGUGGAGGAAGUGACCGAGUUCCUUCAUACUCACUCCUAUCCUAAGGACGCCAUUCUGUGGCGAGCACGUCUCGUACCUGUAGCCACGCCCUGCUACCACCCACAGCACCUCUCCAGCUUCCACACUGACCUACAGGGCACCUUCCCACACUGUUACCACCUUGUGUUUGGUUUCAGCCAUGCCAUUGGGGACGGCCACACAUUUAUUAGGAUAUGUGCUGCAUUUAGUCACAUCCUGGACAGUGUACUGUCAGGGAAGGAAGUGGACACAAAGCAGAUAGGAUGCUUUGACCUUAAUGAGGAGUAUGAGAGUAAGAUAGAGGAAAUUAAGAAAAGGUUGCUAAAGGAUGAGGUGUGGAGGGAGGAAUGCAUUCGUGAGCUAAAUGAAGGAAAGCCUGAGUCCUCCAUUUUGCAGCACGUUCUGUCUCCCUGUGAGGACCGUCCCAAGAAAACAUUGCUACAUACCCAGACUCUAGACAAGGCAGCCACAACUCGUCUCGUUGAUAAAUGCCGAGCUGCUAAGGUGACCCUGAGCUCGUGUAUGGCUGCUGUAUGCAACAUGGCACUGGUGGAUCUACUGGUGGAGAAGGGUGUUGUACAGGACACUUAUACUGUAUCAAAUAUGCACAUGAUCAACAUGAGAAGGACGUGGCCUAAAGAGACAACUGAACAUGCUUUUGGCUGGUAUAUAUCAUCAUCCUUCCGCCAGUUCUUUGUCACCCCACGUACUGUGGAUGGCGAUGAGUUUUGGCAAUACACAAGAGAAAUUCACAGCAAGUUCUACAGUUUUCUGCAAGACGAGCAGUUCAUGGAAAAGGCGGCAUUUGUUAAGUGGUGCUACAGCACUGGCAAUAGGCAAAUCUUUAAGAGAGACCUCAGCUUCAACACUCGAGGUAAUCUCACACAGAGGUUUGAGGGCACCAAGGAGAUUACAGUGACGAAUUUACUGUCCUCAACCUCCAUUCACAACUCAACUAUCCCAUGGAAUGAUAUUGUUGGCACAGUACGAGGCCGCCUGAGUCACACCACCAAAUACAACACUAGCAUGGUGACCAAGGCCACCGCACUCCAGUACAGCGACCUAGUGUAUGCACGUCUGCUCAAGAUAACUGCACCUUGACCUGUAGUGAUGAUCUGCUUCCACCAAGUGAACCUGAAUGGUGAGAUACCUUCAGGAAUAUCUUGGUCUUAACAAAUUUAAAGCUAUUUUUUGUACUUAUUUACAUUAAUGGAGUGAUUUUUGAAUGCCCUGCAUGAAGGAGUUUAUUUGGGCAAUCAGUAACCAACGAUAAUGUAACUGGAAGUAAUUUAGUAAUACUUAAAAAAAAAAAAAAGUUAAUUGGGUAAUAGGCCAUUCCUCCCUCACCUUUCCAAAUACAGACAACCCCUCCCCUACCCACAAGGGAAUCCCAGAACAAAAUUCAAGCUUCCAGAUCACAAGUGGAGUGUGUGAGAGGUGUCCCUCUGUGUAAGGCUGCCUCUACGAGUACACACCACUCACUACUGCACUUCAUUACUGAUUAAAGACACCAAGAUACAUUAGGAUCUUGUAAAUGCAUAUACAAUGCUGUACAUGGUUAUAUAAUGGUUACAACUUUUACUCUGUGCCUUAUCAAUCUUUCUGAUUGUAUAUAUGAAAAAAAAAAAAUAAUUAGCUUACUAAUCAUAAUCUCAAUGUGCUGAAAAAAAAAUCCUAUUUGAAAAAAAUGUUAUUACCAUUAAUUUAUAAGAAAAGGGGGGGGAAAAAUGCAUUACAAAAUAUAACUGUAUAAGUGAA